AAAAUGUAUUUGAAUAAAGACUUCUUUUAGAUGACUAAAAAACAUCUUAUGACCCGACAUCAAAUAAUCUGAAUAAGAUAACCUUAAAUCGGGAAGAGAGACUUAAUGUUAUCUGAGUCUGUUAUUGCGAACUUUCUUCUCAUCGGUUUUAGUUUGACAUUACUGUGGCGGAAUAUUGAUAGUAUAAAAACGGAUACAGUGCAAAACGUUUCUACGAAAAUUUAAUUCUUUAUUAUUUCAUUAUUAAGCCGUGUAGUGCAAAUUGCUGUUUCCGCAUACAUGAGAGUCACUCGUAUAUACGUGUUUAUGUCCUCGCAUUUGUAUGUAAACUUGUUAUAAAACGAAAGUGUUUUAUUAGAUUCAAAUUGGCAAUAAACUUUUUUAAAGUAAAAGAACUAAACUGUAAAUAAACUAAUCUAAUUAAUUACAUGUACAAUAAUUGCAGAUAUUGUGCCAAGUUAAUAUAUUUAUUUUUAUUUUAAUAAUCAUUAAUCUUACAAAAAUUAUAUGCGUUGACAAUAAAAAAAAUGGAGAUGAACGUAUUAAUAUUUCUUAUCUUUGUGACUCAAACACUACUUAUUUUUGGAAAAGUAAUUUUAAUACAGGAUAUGAGAUUACUCUAUAAUACGACAUUGAUAUGUGAGUCUGAAUAUGAUGGCGGCGCUCUUGUGUGGAAUUAUCAUACGUCAAUUGACGAGAGAUUCAAUGUUUAUGAGUCUAAUGGAUUUAAAAAGAAUGACAUAAUGUGUGAAAUGAAUGAAAAUAAUGGAUGCUUGGAGUCAUGGUCUAAACGUGACUGGAAUCUUACAAAUUCCUUAUUAACACCUAUGGGUCCAGUAUUUGAUCAACGAUGGGAAGAAUUUCGACAGUUUAAUGUUGGUAACAACUGGUUUCGGAUGUCUAAUAUUUUUACAACUAACUUUAACGAAGUAAAGCUUUCUUUUUCGGUUCGUGCUGUAUACAACAUGAUGAUAUUAAUUUGCAACAACACGAGUACUUUCCGGGAUUCUUGUUAUUGGAUCAUAAUAAAUAGUUGGAAUGCACAAUCUGACAUUGGAAAAUGUCCAACAAUAAUCCCGAAUGCAGUUUGUUAUUCUACUUCACUAAUAUCAAAAAAAUUAACACAGAACUCAGCGCCUGAAUUUAAAUGGCAAACGUUUGUUAUUACAUGGAAUUUUGACAUGGGUAAAAUAAUUCUUUAUGAUAUUGAUCAAGAGAGCAGUUUGUCAUAUACAAACAAUGAAAGUCAAUUAAACUCAUCGUCAGACAAUAAUUAUUACAUGUUCAUUGUGAGUCCUGGUGAAGCGUACAUACGAUUGCAUACAUAUAAGUUUUUGCAUACGACUGUUGAGAAUGCAACUUUAACGAGUCCAAUUUUUCAAAUUUAUGACGAAGUGAUAUGUGUACAACUAUUAGUUGGCCUUUGCGUUGAAUGCGCUGCACAAAUAGUGUUGCGCGAUUCCACGAACGAUGCAGUAUUAGUAAUGACAAUAAUAAAAAACUCAACAAUACCCGUGAUUGAUGACUUACCUAUGUGGCAAUCUGUCACUAUCAAGAAUAAUUCGAUCAACUAUAGUAAUUAUAGGGUGAUCAUUCAAUUAAUUCCUAAACUCAAUAAUCAUAAUAUCAAUCCGUUGUGGGCGAUAGCAAAUGUUCGCCAGUGUCCUCCAAAUGGAACUUUGAGGAAAAAUGUUAUAACUUUUACAAAUUACCACAAACCUAUUGAGCGGCAAAACGUGACAUGUCAAAAAUUAUUUUAUGGUGAAUAUGUUGUCGUGAGUUCUAAAUCAAGCGUCAAAUCAGAUGUAAAUCUAGAUGCGUCAUACUGUCCUCUAGGAAAAAUUGGGCCAAAGUGCUUAGUUUCCUGUGAAUAUGAUCUGCAUAAUAACUUUGAUUGCAGAGGAACUCAAAUUUGUUAUGAAGAUGGUUGCACGUGUGAUGCAGGUUUUUCAGGAGCACAAUGUUUUGACUCUUGUGAUUCAAAUACAUACGAUUAUAACUGCAGAAAAACAUGUGGCUCAUGUCUCUAUAAUAAAACGUUAUCUAAUAAUCGGUGUGAUACAAGAACUGGAAUAUGCAGUAACGGAUGUAAUAAUACUAAUACAGAAUUUUACAUUCCACCUUUAUGUCAAACAAGCGUAGAAAAGCCAAAUACACCUACAAUCAUCUCAAUAAACGAAACGGCUAUAUGGGUCUAUGUUGAUAUAACGUGGAAAGACGAAUACGGAGAAAUACCGAUUCUUUACUCUUUUGUCAUUCAAGAACACAUCGAAUAUAAUCAGCAAUCAUGGAAUGAGUUAUUUCGAAAUAUGACACAAGUGACAAAAUAUUUUGAAAAUGUGGAACCUGGAUUUACUUAUCAUAUUCGUCUAACCUUAAAUAUUUCAGGUGUACAAAUACACAGCGAUUGGAAAGUAGUUGAGACUAAGUGCAAUCCGGCUGAAAACUUCGACGUAACAUCAGAAGAAAACGGCAUUAUAAUUGAACAAAUCAAUUCAAACCAAUUAUAUUCAUGUCCGGCAAGGUGGUACUAUCUAGUAAUUUACAAUGAAAAUACAAAUGAAAAAGACGUUGCUACAUUAAUUCCAUCUUUUCCAUAUGAGAUUAAACAUUUAUCAGCAUACACUUCUUUUAAUGUGACUAUAUCUCAUAAAAAUCGCGUAUUAUUUUCAAAAUUGAUCAGCGUCAAUAAUGUUUCACCACUAUAUGAAGCGUGGUUAAUAGGAGCCAUUACAGCCAUUACUUCAUUCUUCGUCGUGAUAGUAAUAGCAUCUUACUUGUACCGAAGAAAAAAACAACAACGGAAUGAAGAACAAAUACGAAACGAAAUAGCUUUGUGGCAGGAAUCCGUGAAUUGUGAACACGAAACGACAUUCACAAUAUCGAAUAGAAUAGAAUUAAUGGAAAGUCUGUCUCAUAUUUAUGAAAGUAUACCUUCAUUGCGGACAAGUACUCCGGAAGCGUUGGUAACUGCUAUCGUGCACGGCGAGAAUGAAGAGGCGGAAAUGAUAUCAUUAGUAAAGGUGACAAAUUUUGAGGAAUAUGUCAAACAAGCGAUACAGUCAGGAUUACUGGAUAAGCAAUACAAAACGACAAAACAAGUGAUGAAGAAGUAUAUGGAUGAUGAUUACUUCGAUUAUAUCAACCCUAAUUACAUCACUGGUUAUAAAAAAGAGAAACGUUAUAUUGCGACACAAGGGCACAAACUAAAUACUGUCACCGACUUCUGGCGUAUGAUUUGGCAAGAAAACGUUCUUAUUAUAUGUAUGUUGACAAAUGAAGUCGAAAAUAAAGAGACAAAGUGCGAGCAAUAUUGGCCGAAUAUUGACAAGAAGAUAAAGUAUGGCGACAUUACUGUAUUAAAUGAAAAACAGAAUAUUUUUGCUGAUUACUCUUUUAGAACAUUUCAAGUUACUUAUGGAGAAGAAACUCGAAAGAUAGAACAUUUACAUUACACGGCUUGGCUGGACUACGAAGUGCCAUUAAAUACACACUCAGUAGUCACAUACUUGAAGAAAUUGUUAUCGUUAUCACCUGGAGAUGGACCCGUGGUAGUUCAUUACAGUGGCGUUGAAAAAACGGGGAUUAUCAUUUUGUGUGACAUUUGUCUUCGUCGAGCAGCGACCGAGGGGGAAGUUGAUGUUUUCGCCGAAACGAUAUCCAUUAGAAGCGAACGAAAUAACAUGAUUAAUAAUAAGCAACAAUAUCUCUAUGCGCAUUUGGUGUUAGUGGAAUGUUGGUUUUCCAUUUCAACUACAGUUCCGUGUAAUAAGAUGUUAAUUACGCGAAUCAAGGAGUUGAAAGAACAAUCGCCGGCUCUUCAGCAAAGAUUACAGGACACUGCAUGGCAAGAUGAAAUCUUGGGACAAGAUAAAGUCAGUAGAGUAUAUUUGAAGAAAUAUCCGAUAUCGGACGGGCAGAGUGAUUAUCUACCCGCCGUUUAUGUAGACGGAGUAAAACUUCAAAAUCAGUAUCUAGCUACACAGCUUCCCAUUCAAUCAACAAUCGAAACAUUCUGGCGAAUGAUUGCCGAAUACAAAGUUGAACUUAUUCUCAUGCUACAGCCGUCAGAUUCUACUUGCUGUGAGAUGGCUCCUACAAGCGGUGAGUUUGAACCAACCCCAUAUUUGCAUAUUACUGCGGAAGAAGUCGUGAAGGAGAAACAUUAUACAUCACAAAAAUUGUUGCUCGUUGAUAAUUUCGAAAAACCUCCAAGAAAACAGUAUGUAACUAUAACGUGUUUAACGGAAUGGAAACCUGGACAACAUCAAUCACUGCCUUCAGUGCGAUCGAUGGUGACCUUUUGGCAAGCAGCUGAGUCCAUUGUAAGAGGCAAUGGACCCACUGUCACACUUUGCCAUGAUGGAGUAACUGGGUGUGGUCUGUAUCUAGCAUUGAGUUUCUUAUUGGAACGAAUGACUGUCGAAAAGGAAUGUGACGUUUAUUUAGCAGUGCGAGCUGUCAAACGAUCAAGAACAGAUUUUGUUCGUUCUAUGGAACAUCUGGAAUAUCUAUAUGAUGCCGCGGUGACAUAUAUGGAGUUUUUUCAAAGCUAUGCAAAUUUUUGGUAAAACAAGAACAAAGCUAAUUUCUCGCAUACAUAUACAGCUGUUCUUCGACAUCAUGCACAAAUUAUGUGAAUGUUCAUAAUGAAAUCUUUCGUACUACAAAGAGGGUAAAACAAAAGAUUGUCGAAAACUUUCUUCAACAACUACGGAGAUUUAAUCGUACUACCGCGACAUAAAUGAUCGUAAACAAAAUCUGCUGGAGAGACAAGUCUACCAUAAAAGAAAAUAACAAUGUUUUAGCUAUUUAAAUUACGUUUAAAGUUUAACAUUUAUUAAAUAAUAAUAAUCAAUUAUUGAUAUCGUCGAUACUGAUUGUAUAAUUUACUAAAAUUAAGAAAAAGCAAUUACAUUUCUUAAUACAGUAUUUCACACAAGAAUUGUUUGUAAAAUCCAUAAACUUAAAGCAAUAAUUAAAUUAAUAGUUAACAUAGCUUUUAAGAAUAUUAAAAAAUAAUUUUAAUUCUAUUUGAGAAAAUUCAUGUUAAAUUGAUAGUCGCAUCUCUUGAAGUUUAUUGUUGCCGUUUUUCGGAAAUGCUGAUUGAUUCUCGCGUUGUAUGUACUUACUUCGUGAGCUGUUGUCAUCGCAGAAAUCGCGUUGAUAACUAUACUUAAUCGCGUUGACAGUUAUACAUAAUAAUUGUCAAGAGAUUAAUAAUGUAAUAUUAAUAUAUUAUAAAAUUAAUUAUUACAAAUUUA